UUCACUCAGUAUCAGAGUUACAGUCAGAGAGGUCAGAGACCAGGACUUCAUCAGGAUUAUUCUGUUUACUUCAGUUUUACAGUUUGAUUCACACUCACAGCUGAUUUGGACGGAUUCCAUUAACACGCUUUUUUCAAGUUUUCACAUUUUGAUUUUUUUCCCAUCACAAUGAGGAGCAGAAACUGAGGAUUUCCCUGAACUCCUGACAACAAAGACGAGCCUGAGAGCUGAAGACUGUCUACUUUUCAACCUUAAAAUAGGAACCAAAAAUUUAAACAAUAAACACAGAGUUGGACCAGAAGAACUACAAGACUUGGAAAUGGCAGCUGGACCACAGUGGCUCUGCGCAAAUUUGCUGUUUGUCAUGUUCGUCUCUGCAGACGAGAAAAUCAUCCCAGCUGAGUCUGGACAGGAUGUCACUCUGACAUGUCGAGCUACAAACAAGAACAUCUACACUUUAGAGUGGAGUAGAGCUGACCUGGGAGGUAAAAAUGUCCUUUUCUACUGGAAACAUCACUUUGAUCCAGCCAACCAGCAUCCAUCUUUUAAGAACCGAGUGGAUCUGAAGGACAGACAGAUGAAGGAUGGAGAUGUGUCUCUGAUUCUGAAGGAUGUGACAAUUGAUGACACUGGAAGAUACGAGUGUCGUGUGGUCAUGGAACAAACACGCUCAUGGGGGUUCAUCAGCAUCAUCAACCUAAGAGUUGUUGUUCCUCCAGACAAAAUCAUCCCAGCUGAGCCUGGACAGGACGUCACUCUGACAUCUCAAGCUCCAAACAACAACAUCACAGCUGUAAAGUGGAGCAGGGCUGACCUGGGAGAUAAAAAUGUGCUUUUGUACCGAGAUGGGAAGUUUGAAACAGACAACCAGCAUCCAUCUUUUAAGAACCGGGUGGAUCUGCAGGACAGACAGAUGAAGGCUGGAGACGUGUCUUUGAUUCUGAAGAAUGUGACGACAGCUGAUACUGGAACAUACGAGUGUCGUGUGGCUCAAAAAUCAGAAGAAAGGAUGAAGCUCAGGAGUCGUCGCAGCCUGAUAGUUGCAGAGCCAAAAACUCUCCCAGCUGAGUCUGGACAGAACGUCACUCUGACAUCUCGAGCUCCAAACAAGAACAUCUACACUUUAGAGUGGAGUAGAGCUGACCUGGGAGGUAAAAAUGUCCUUUUCUACCAGAAACAUCACUUUGAUCCAGCCAACCAGCAUCCAUCUUUUAAGAACCGAGUGGAUCUGAAGGACAGACAGAUGAAGGAUGGAGACGUGUCUUUGAUUCUGAAGGAUGUGACGAUUAAUGACACUGGAAGAUACGAGUGUCAUGUCUUCAUGACUGAAACACGCUCAUGGGAGGUCACCAGCUUCAUCAACCUAAGAGUUGUUGAUCCACCAGUGCAAAGAGGGAGAGAGGAAAGAGGGGAACAUGAGGAGAAAGUACAAGGUCAGGAAGAACCAGGUCAGAAAAACAUCACAGCUUUGUCUGGACAGGACGUCACUCUGACAUGUCGAGCUCAAAAAAAGAUCACUGUUUUAAAGUGGAGCAGAGCUGAUCUCGGGUCAGAAUAUGUGCUUCAGUACCAUGAUAAUCAGUCUGUUCCAGAUGACCAGCAUCCAUCUUUUAAGAACCGGGUGGAUCUGCAGGACAGAGAGAUGAAGGAUGGAGACGUGUCUUUGAUUCUGAAGGAUGUGACGACUAAUGACACUGGAACAUACGAGUGUGGUGUCUUCAUGGAAGAAACACGCUCAUGGGAGGUCAUCAGCAUCAUCUACCUGACUGUUGUUGAUCCUCCAGGUCCAUCAGGAGGAAUUAUUGGACUGAUCGUUGUUGUUCUUCUUUUUCUUGUCGGUGUUGUUUUUUUGAUCUACAGAAAACAUAAAGUGUCUCGAUAUUCAUACAAGGUUCCUACUGAGAAUAAUGAGGCUCCUCAGUCUCCACAGCAGGACUGUGUCAGAGGACAGACAGAAGUGAACUAUCCUGAGCCUCCAGCAGACGGACAUUAAACAUCCACAAUUAGAUUUUUCUGAUUAUCAUCAUGUUUAUGGACAUAAAGUGGGAGUGGAUUCCCACAGAUUUUGCGUGUCAGUGUUGGUGUGGGAGUUUCACCUGUGAUACAGAGGAGCUUGUUUCUAUGGAGCCAGCUGCAAGGAGAAGGGUCUCCCCUGGAUGCCAACACUGAGCUGAGCUCUCCCAGUAAAAUAUUACAAAUAACAUAAAAUGUGUCGGUGCUGUAAUAUUCAACUUGUUUGUUUUUUCAUUCCAAGGUGAACUGUUUGUUGUGUGUCAAGCAACUGCUGUACAACAACACCUCAUUUGUGGGUUUCUCUUCAGUGUUUCUUUCUCAGUCCUUACAUGAUGUUCACGUCCAAUUUGAGAUAAGAACAAGAUAAACUUUAUUCUUCAGCCUGAAAUACAAAAAUACACAAAAAUGAAACUAUAAGAAUUUUAUAUUGUUGUACUGCUGCUACAUUUUUGUACACUGAUGCUGAGUUUUAGCACCAGUGUGUUCAAAUCAGUGUGUUUUUCUAGGACAGUGGUGACAGAGGUCAAAGGGGACUGUGUGUGUUCCCACCACAUUUGUCCACGUUACCACGGAGACAGAAAACUGCAGGUCUUUGAAGGAUCAUGAAGGAAUCUCCAAACAGGAUUAGGAAUAAUCAUAUAUGGUACACAUAAGGAACAGGGCUCAUGCAGAGGUCAUAGGGGGCCUUGACCCAGGAACAAGAUCUGUAACAGGAAGUAGAGCGGGUUAGCACUGUCCUUUCACAGCAAGGAGGUUCCUGGUUCAAAUCCCAGCAUGUACUCCUUAUGCCUGUGUGGGUGCCCUGAGUGUAAUCGACGUCCUCCACAGUCCACAGACAUCCAUGUGAGGUAAAGGGUGAUUAAACUGUCUGUGUGUGUUUAGUAGAUAAAGUGCUGUAUGAAAGUCUAGUUACGAGUGGUCAGCAGGACUAGAACAGCAGCAGUGGUUAUAUAACACAGCCAGCAGCAGGAUACAAUACUAAAUGGGCCGUGCAUCACAGUUUAAUGUGUGACUGGUUGGCUGAGCUGUUUGGUUCAGCUCAGUUUAAGAUUUUUACAAUAACAUGUUUCUGGGUGCAAUAAUUACAGAAUAAGGAACAUUGAUGGUGACUAACUUCUUCUGUUGUGCGCUUUAGUUAUAAUGUUGGAUCCAGUCCUUUUGGGUGGGUUGUUCCUGUCCUCUGUAGCGGUUUACUGCUUUUUCCAAAGCUUUUAUUUCAGAGCCUCCACCCACACAGAGUUUAGUAUCACAGUGUAGGAAGUGACUCUGCAGAAAGAAUUUCAUACUCUGACCUCCAAACACUUCCAACAAUCUGACUCUGUGCUUUGGAAUUUAGGUCACAGUUGAAACUUGGUAUUAUAAUUUCAAACCACGCCUCCACAAAUCAAACACUCUUCCUCUUCACUUUUCUUCUCAGCAUAUCUGUUUACAGUUAGAGACAAACAGACAAAACAGUGCAGAAAACAACCAUUUACAGCUAAAUGCUGCCUCCUCUUUAGUGCAGUACAGAGAAUUCAUGUGUUUACAGCACACGGCAGCUUUGUUCCUUAUUUUGAUUCAUAUGUGUGAAAUAAAUAAAACAGUUUUUGGUUUGUGACUGAUGGAUGAGACGGACUGUGUUUGUGUUCUGUGGAGAUCAUGUAAGAACUGAACCUGUUAAACACUUAAAUCCAUUUUAUAUUUCUGA